AUGCGUUUAAAUAAACGAACUGAAACUACGGGAAAAUCUGUUAUUUAUGUUCAUACAAGUGGUACCGGUGUUCUUGCUGAAGAUGUUCAUGGUCAAAAUGGAUCAAUUACAAUUUACAAUGAUCUUGAUCUCGAUGAAAUGAAUAAUUUAAGUGAAACUCAAAUACAUCGAAAUGUUGAUUUAUUUAUAAUGAAUGCAGCACAAGUGAAUCGGCUAUUAAAAAGUGUUAUUGCUUAUGGUAUAGGAACAGGUUUAUUUAAACGUCAAAGUGUUGUAUUUCUAAAAUUAGUGGAAACCACUUUACAACAUGGAAAGUUGAGAUUAAUUGGACCAGGUGAAGUAACAUGGGAUAAUAUUCAUAUCGAUGAUUUAGUUUAUGCGUAUCUUCUUCUUUUCUUAUUCGGGCAUUUGAGACGAAACCGAAUCCAUAUUUAA